UUUUUUUUUUUUUUUUUGCACUAAACAAAAUGUCUCAUAAACCUUUAGAAUCGAGUCCUUUUGAAGAUCCCUCCAACCCUUUCCAAGACCCUUCCAUUACGUCUGCUUUAAAUUCGAGUCGGGCUGUUGAAGAAACAUCGUUUACACAAUCCGAAGAUGUGCCCUUACACGAUACGAGUUUCCAUCAUGUUUCUGACAAUCGAGACCCUUUUGGAAGCAGUACAACUGUGAACAAGGGUUAUUCACCACCACCACCGGCUAAUGAUGAGUUCCAAGCACGAGAAGAAGCACUCCGUCAAAAGGAACGAGAAUUAGCUGACAGAGAGAGAGAUUUAGAAGAAAGACAGCGUACGGGAGGCUUUCGGGGUGCUAACAACUUUCCACCUUGUUUCCCCAUCUUGUAUUUGAAUAUCGUGACAGAAAUCCCUGCUCAACAUCAACAAACCGUCAUGUGGCUUUACAGAGAAUGGUUAUUGUUCCUCAUUACUUUGCUCUUCAAUUUCUUUGCGUGCCUCUAUGUCCUCUUUAGUCACCCUGAUUCCGUCAACAGUGCUCCUACGGAUAUGGGUAUAGCUUUAACCGAGUUAUUUACACAUACCUUGGCAAGUUUCUUUUUAUGGUACAGGCCUGUUUACAAUGCUUAUAUGAAGGACACUUCAUUGUAUUACUACUUUUAUUUUGUUUUUAACGGGUUCCACAUUCUUUAUUCAUUCUAUAUGGGUAUUGGUAUCCCUUCAACUGGUGGAGCUGGAUUGAUUUUAUUAGUGACGUUAUUUUCUGAGGAUUUUAUUGGACCUGCAGUAUUGACCUUACUGGCUACGAUUGGAUGGUUAACGAUGGGAUGUAUGGCUACUUAUCUUUACUGGAAGACGUAUAAUCAUUACAAGGCAGCAGGUCAUACAUUUAAGGAAGCAAAAACCGAAGCAUUCUCUCACAUGGGACGGUCCACGGUGGUGCGUGAUGCAGCCGUAAAUGCCGCUUGGAAUUCGGCUGGUGGUGGUGGCAGAAGAUAAAGAAAAAAACCCCGCCCAAUACAAAAAAAGGGGUAGCGGGCCAACAGGGGGAUCACAUGUAAAAAGGUCUUUUCAUGUGAAAAUAGU